AUGUCGACGACCUCGCCGCCCGCCUCUGGCAGUUCAGGCGUGCUGUCGCCCGGCCGCAGUGCCGCCGCCGAAGCACGGCGCUUAGCUCGCCGCGAGCAGCUGCGCGAUUUCUACGGCCUGUCGCGGCCAAAUUCGGACCCGCCGCAGAGCCGGUCACCCCUCCCCUCCGUUUCGCCCGGCGAGGCGCCCUCCACGCCAGCGGCACCGGCGACGCCGAAUUCGGCAGCUAGCGCAAAGACAGAUGAGGUCACGCCCAAGGCUCGACCAAGGAGAGAGGCAAGAGAGGGCAAGGAGGGACGACUGGAUCCGACGAGCGAGAACUUUGUCCCGGCCGAAUACUACGAGUUGCUCAUGGGCAAACCGCUCGGUGAGCUGCUCAAGACGACAGCGAGCCUUGCUGGAGACGUGGGCAAGCUCCAGAGCGCGCGCCAUACGCUCGUGUACAACCACCACCACCAGCUCUUCAGCGCCGGCGACACGAUUGCGUCCUUGAACCUCAAGACGCCCCAGCUCAUCAGCAUCGUGACGCAGCUGCAGGAGAAGUUUUCGGAAAUGUCCCAGUUGACGGACACGGUGUCCAUCCUCGACCAGCAGAGCGGCCUGUCGCCGUCUGAGCGCCAGAAGGCGGGUAUGCGCGAGACGGUCGCCCGGGGGCUGGAGCGUGUGCGCCUCAUGAUGCUUGCGGAGGAGUCUGACGACGAGGUGAAGAAGGUCUGGCGCGGGGUCGAGCGCCAGAUCAAGGCCAUGGGAGACGACGUGUACGCCAUCGAAGACGUCAAGUCCAUGAUCGAGGAGGGGCGGAAUCUCGCCGGCGGCCCCGACUCGGACACGGAGAGCACGGCAAGCGACAAGACUGCCUAG